GUUGGUUGAAGACUUGCUACGAGGAUUCUCUAAGGAAAAUUUUGGUGAUCGAGAUGGAAACUAUUUUCCUGUUGUCCAUGGCCGUACUCAAGAUGUAAAGUUGUUUACCCUGAUGAUAAGGCAACCUCGGUCCGUCCUGGAACGUCCAUUUAAACACCAUAAGUACAUAAUUCUUGCAGAAAUGGAAAAGUAUGUAGUUGAGAACGGGACUGAAGAAUUUGAAGCCUUGAAGAACAAAUUUGUUAAGAGAGAAGAUCCUGAAAUAACACUAGAUGAGGAAGAUGGUACAGGAGCUGCAAGGUAAAUUACAUCACUCUGCAUAACGCCGAAGAAUUUGAAUAGGUAAAAGCAUGAUUUGUAGUGAUAUUUGGCCUAAAUACCAGGAAUGAUAUUUCAAAAUUGUUAGUAUAGGUAAUAGCAUGAUUUUUAGUGAUAUUUGGCAUAAAUACCACGAGUGAAAUUUCGAAAUUGUUAUACGUAAUUUCACGAGCCGUUAGGCGAGUGAAAUUUGAGACAAUUUUGAAAUAUCACGAGUGGUAUUUAUGCCAAAUAUCACGUACAAAUCAUGCUAUUAUUUGUUUAUACUACUACGUUCAAAAGGUUUAUAAUUUCACAUGUAGGUAUUUCAAAUUAAGCUGAAAUACCACUGCUCUAUGCCAAUCAAAUUGCAGAAAUUUCUCAAGUAGUAGUAUGAAUAAAAGUAAUAGCAAUAUCUUCCACUUACAGUUUUAUAUCAAUCAUUUAUAACAAGAAAGAAAAAUGGGACAGAGAGGGAAUCUUAGGGCGUUGCCGGGAUAUGUAAAUUUCACCAAAGUUAUUUUUAGAGGUUGUAAUUAAACGGAAGUUGAAUUCCUGAGACAUCCGCAUAUUUAAAUCGAUGGCUUGAAACGUACUUUAGUGCCUCUAAGAAAACAAUACAGAAUAUUUUAAUGGCGACUGUUGAAUUCUCUCUUGACAACACUGAAUAAACGUCUGAGGUUCUCGCCGGUAAACCAACUUCCGAUUAGUUUCAAGCGUUUAUUUGGUCUAAAAAUACUUCUUUGUGAAAUCUACAAAUCCCAAGGGCUACACUGGGCCUUUUUCCCUGUCUGUCCCAUUAUUGUUUUUUUAUAUAACGAUUUUUCAUCAGGUCAACGCCCUCGACGGCUUUCAAAAUUUCAAAUUAUCAUUACGAAAGAAGUCGACUAGUAAAGGCUAGAUUUUAUAACUCGGUGAGAUCUAAAAACAACGUAAUUGCACUAGUUACUACAGCAAGUAGUUUUUGGAAGGGUUAUUUUUAUUAUUUAUUACUAUUUUUUACUUUAAAUUAUGCAUAAUUCUUUAUAUUCAUCAUUCGAAAUAGUGACCUCCAUUUAAACGAGUCCAAAAUUCCAUUUACUUAGGCAGUUUCAGAAUUGUUUUCUAGAUGCGAUUAUUUUGUGUUUCUUAUUCAGAACGGUAGAAAUGGAAACUCAGGCUGCUGAUUACGCCAAUGCAGGGAUUAGAAUGAAAGAAGAUCUGGGAUUCUUACAUCUAGGGAAAAUUGAUCAGGAGUACAUACCGGACCCGGACUUACGUCAUAUAUUGGCAAAAACAGUCCUGGAUAGUAAUAAAACAGGAGUGUUUGAAGACCAACAACUGCGUUUGAUAACCUCAGUAAUUUUCAGUCAAUGCUUUGCAGUUAAAGGCAACAGAAAGAAAGAGGUAUUUUAACCUCUGAUAACUACAGUAUGUACGGUGGUCCUCGGUCCGGCCAGCCCCUGGUCCGGCCUGUUUUACUUUGUAAUGUAAUUUUCGGGAAGAAAAUAAUGUUACAAUACAAACGGAACUUUUUCAUGUUUAUUGAUCUGUUUACCUUCUUAAGCUCGAUUCGAGGUUUUCCUGAUGCUAGCGAACGCUGGAAAAUCAAGUUAACGCGAACGUAGGUGAAUUUUGCUCUGUUAUUUGUGUCUUUUUUUAUGGCGCCAUAAAUUACUUAGAUAUAUUUUGAAUUCACGCAUUUGCGAUUAAGUGCGUUAAGAAAGAUAAUUUUUGGUGUACACGACGUAAAAGAAAUGUUCUUUCGACUUGCAAAAAAAUUCGUUCGACGGGUUGAAAUUUAAAACUAAAGUUGUAGAUAGUACAUCAAAGUAAGUUUUGCUGUCCUCGGUCCGGCCACCGGACGAGAACAUAAACCAGCCAAAUAGUGAUUGAAUAGGGAAAGCCUCAGCUGAAAGUUCAAUUUUCGUUUCGUUUAGUUCUUAGUAAAUUAAGAUUCAUGAACUGAAGUGCGGAUCUUUCAACUUUGAGUCACAUCUUAAGUAAAGCACUUUCAUUGAGUGGAGUAAAUAAUAAAAACUGCGUCAAGCAUUCAAGUUAAAUGUAUUGCUCGAGACUUUCCAGUAGCACUGCACUUUAUUCAUUCAGUAAUGAUAUAGAAGGCCAUAACAAGGAAGCUUAUAUCCGUCAGAUCAGUUUCAUUAGGGAGGGUAGUUUUAGGUUCUAACAAGCAAAACAUUACUCUGCAUGAACUGCACGUGCAUGAUGGCGCACACUUGCCGGAUCUUUUAGGUCGGAUUUCUUUGCCGUUGCUGCACGACUAAGACAUAAAAUUUCCUGAUAGGAAGUUUUUUUUUUGAGGCCGUAUACAAGCGACGGAAAAUUUUUCUUUCUCUCUAAACUUUGAUUGAAUUCAUUUAAUUUAGUGGCGAUUUCGCUGCCAUCGCAUCGUUCGCACAGAAGUGAAUAAUUCUUCAUAAGACCAAACUAUAGCUCUUUACACAGAAAUCUCAUUUGGUUUCGAAGUUAAAAUGAUGCCUACAGAAAAUAUACAGGAAUUUAGAUCAGUUGGUGCUUGGAAAGCUUCUUUUUGCGCAUUGUUUGCAUGCCGUCUUACAAAGUGGCUAAAGUGGCCGGACCAAGGAACUAAUGGCCGAACCAGGGACCUUCAAACGGAGAGAUCAUUUUCUAUGAUGAAGCAUUUUCGGCAUAGCUCAGAAGCUGUCGGUUUGUCACAAGAUAGUAAAAUGUUACAGCAAUUCACAGGACAAAUUUCAGCUCACUACUGCUCUUCUAAGGUAAAAAAAAAUACUCAUUUACGUCCUCUUCGUCCGGACCAAGGACCAUGCACAUACUUAAUACUUCAUUCCUUUAUGAUUCAUAGUAAUAAAUAAAAGAAUAAAAAGGAUACAGCUAAGCACCUAUAGUAAGGAAAACCUUGAGAAAAGUUUGGUACUCUUUCAUCAAAAACUGCUGAACCAGAUCCAAAUGAGCAAAUCAAACGUAAGAUCUACUUUAAAGCAAUGUGAAGGCUAUUGAAAAAAAAAAAAAUUGUCCAGUUAAUCGUGUUAUUUUCGAAGGUGGAAGUGGACGCAGGAUUCAAAUUUUUGACCUUCUUGGCUCAGUUGAGGGCAACCUUCAGGAGGACUGAGAUUCCUCCAAGUAUAGCAAUAAGGAAGAAUACUAGAGGACCAAUCCUGUUCCAGUGUUGCCGUGUUGUCUUUAACAAGGAGAAAAACACUUUGGAACUCCCCAAGGGAGAGGUUGUUGGUAAAACUGUAAACAGAUGUAAAGAAGACGAGGAGGAGGAGGCCGAGUACGAAAACACCGCAGUUAGCUUGGAGGAGGACGAGGAGAGUAAAUUGACUGGUUAGAUCAAAAUAUAAUUCUGGGUUUCUCACGUUGUCUCAUAUUCGCCAAAAAAAAAUAGUGAUCACAAUUAUCAUUGGGUGCUUCCAGUGUCUUGCUGGAGGUGAAAAUGGCGAUAUCAGUUUUUCCGGAAGAGAAUUUUAAUAGCUGUAUUAAGCUGAUGUUUAGUCGUUCUUUACAUGAUGUUAAAUAACAAUGUUAAUAUUAAUAAAGGCGAUCAACUAGCAUGUUAUAGUGAUUAGCCAAGCCUAAAAGCGAAGCUUCCUGUUACAUACUUACAAAUACAGUACAAGUAGAUCAGAAGAUAAAAUAAUACACUGUAGUAAUGAGGCCAGUUACUACACAUAUAAUUUGUGUCCCACUAGUGCCUUUCGAAAGAUUCAGUGUUAUUUUGCCAACAACGGAAAGUCACUCUUUAACAAAUCUACACUCAAUAUUUUCUAUAUCCUAGAUUUUUUGACAACUGACGAUAUUGCGAAACUGGAGGAGAUAAAGGAUUCAGUUUUGAAACCUACCAAGAACAGAGAGAAGCGUAAAGAACGGGUCAAAAAGUACCUGAAGUGGGUAAGAACAAUUACAGCAAAUAAUCAGUCACGUUCAAAUCAAUUUUCUUAAACCUCGAACCAAAUGAUUUUUUGGCGAAUUUUUUCAAAAUGUUCUUCAGCACGAGUUUCGCCAAUUCUACUUUCUAUAAAAAAUACCUGGAAAAAAAGUUUCGUGAAAACUUUGAUGACAAUCGGUUACCAUGGGUACGAGAUGACUUACUUGAUCUGAAAUAAAAAUAUUUUUAAGCAAAAAAAAAACGGUUUUAUAAAUAAGUUAUUCAUGCGAAGAAAAGACAAACUUAAGAACGUCUAAUUGCAACAUAUUUUAGACUAAAAGACGAAACGCACUUCUUUCGAACACUUCACUAUUCUAUCCCUCUCUAGAUUUUCUCCGUGCUAAGGUUUCUUUGCGCCGUCUGCCCUAACACGCUUUCAAUAGGCAUUUAUGGCGAAAUUAUAGUCAACUAUUCCAGCCUCUAAUUUCAGUUCAGGUUCGUGAAAACGAUUUAAACUAUUUUGAGCAGGGAGCUUAAGUCUGCAACAGACUGGUAUUCAGUCAGAGUAAGACUAAGUGGAUGCUAUCUAGAACUAGACAAAAACUGAACACUGACUGAAACUUUCGUCAGACAUUGCAAAUGCAACUUCUUGGGAAUACAUUGAGGGAGUACCGAGCUUUUGCUGUCCAGGAGAUCGUUAGAUCAGUAUACGCUAUAAGUAGACUAACAACUGGCGUUUUCACUCAUUACUUUUCAGUUUGUUGACGCGCUGUCACUGCCAAAAAGGCCAGCAGUGGAAAAGAGAGUGUUGUCACUUGACAAGCCCGUCACUGAUGUGGACUGUGAAUUUCUACGAACCAUUUAUGUUCCUGCCAAUAAGAAUAGUUCAACGCUGACUUUCCCGAAUUUCUUCAACGACGAAAAACUUCAGGGAUAUGCAAUUGUUUUGAACAUUCUCUCUGGUAAGACAUGAAACGUGACACAUAUGGACAGGAGAAACGGGCCACAGGAAAAACUCUCCUGAACUUAUGUCAUUAAAAAAGUAGAAGAUAUUUUUUUCAAACUGCAUCUGAAGAUCGCUUAUCGUGUCCACUGUUGUGAUCAAGGAUAAGUGAAUAAGGAAGAUUUAAGGGAAAAAACUUCGUUUUUAUUUGUUUCACUAAUUAACAUAACUGAUACUGAUUAUAAAUACGAUGGGAGAUCAGCUAAUCGCAAUUCAGACAAAAGGCUAUGAAAGACCAUCUUGUAAAGAAUUAAGAAACAAUAUUACGAUCAAAUCCAGUUAGCCGCAAUCUGAAGUAAUGGUACAAUGGUCGACGAAAGAGUUUUAUAGGUGAAUUUAUUUUGAUGAUAACUGAGGUAGGAUUUUUAUCUAAGAUUUAAGGUCCAGGAAUAAUAAAUUAUAAUCAUUUGUUUGAAAUAAAUUGAUUUCGGAUCACAGAUCAAGUUCAAGAGAUGGUUACAAUCUUUGCUGGGUGAGGGGGAUUUGAGUUUUGUUUAAUACUGGACUGUAUCAAUAAUUUGAUGUUACUGAAUUGCAGAUUAAGUUUUCUUUCUCGAUGCACUCAACAGAUUUGUCGGAGGAAACCUGGGAUGAAAUCGAGAAAGCCUGGGCCGAGCAGGAAGAGCCUUCGGAGUAAAACAAAAGAAGUAGCUGAUUGUUUUCAGGAGCAAUUUGAGUUUGCAUCACACGAGUCAAUGUUGUAGUUGCGCGAUGUGACACAUAUUUGAAAUAGUCCUUUAAUUGGAAGUAAUAUGAUACCCCGGUCAUAAUCACGUGGUUUCCAAUCAUUACCCCUACAGAGACUCAAAAUGUCCACAAGUUAGUACUUGUAAUCAAAUAGUGACGAGUGAAAUUAGGGAAUAAUUUCACGCGUGUUUUGUCCAAAUCCUAAUUAUUUCCCGAGCCUUUUGAUUACCAAUUGAUAUUAUGGAUGACGAAUUGCACUCACAGUAGUUGGUUUUGGACAAAUUUAUCACGUUGAUUAUAGAUUGAGAACUCCGCGCACUGAAAACUUUAGAUCUUAAAUUUUGCCUUAAGUUCAGAAUUGAUGUGCUUUUUCGUGUGUUUAGGUUUUCUAAAGCGUCUUUUAAUGCCCGUGACAUCUUCAUUCAUAACAUUUUAAAACUUCGUCGCUAUCUUUUCACUGACACGUACGGAAGGUUUCCAUUUCACAUGUGAAAUUACAAAUUAAUGCUGAAAUUUCGCGGCCAAAAUUAAGGAGUAAUUCGUCACCCAUGAUAUUAUAAUUACAAUGAUAUAAUCUUGAUUUGUGCAUUAUACAUGGCUCGUUUAUUAGUUUUAGACCAGAAUACUUAGUAGUUAUUAGAGACCCUUAGAUUCGAGGACGAGGACGACUAAGCGGAUCAGAUUUAACUUUUCUCGUCUUCUGAAAGAAAUAGAUACCUCGGAAAGUUUCAUUGUGCUUUUCUCCACCAAAUUAUUUGACAUUAUUAUUUUACUGAAGGAGAUUAAUCCGUCUCCCUAUCCUAAAAUGAUAAAAAUUCUAACAUUUGUCAACUUGUUUCCGCCACUUCGACAUUCUCGCCAAAAUUCGUAGUAGGAUGACUACGGCUAUCACGUUUUCACGCCAAAAUGACUUUGGUUCAUGCGCGUGCACUAAAAACUCGUACCUGUAGUCUCACUCGUCUCAGAAUCUAACGGUCUUUAUUGAUCGGGACGUUUCGAUCGCUUACUGCUGGUUUCAGUUACGCUUUAAUGCAGAUUUGCUGUGAGGUACUAUUAGUGGCACCGUGGCUGGUUGUUAAUUUCUAUCCUUUGCAUUGUCAUUUUUUUCUUUGCCCACGGGGGUUCGUUUUGUCCCUUAACUCUGUAAUGACAGCUUGUGUUAAGGCGUACUUCUAAAUCUUAGUGAGUAAUUUGGAGGACCGUGAGUAGAAAAAUCGACACCGUCGCUUGAUGAAGAGGACUAGCAGUAAGCAAUCGAAACGUCGUGAUCAAUAAGAGACAACAGUGAGACAAACGUUAAACAAGCCCUUUUAAUAAUUACGGUAUAGGCCCUCGGAGAGUACAUUAGAUAAUUGCAUUGUAACGGGUGGUAAAUUACCGAGACAAAUGUCUGCUAUGUUAGAAGUUUGAGCUCUGAAGGUUUUAUGUUUACAAAAUAUGUAUAUUGUAUUAGUUUAAAGUUUUAUAACCAAAACCCCCCUGCCAAGAAUUUCUGUACUUUUCUAGGAAGUUACACCAACAGUGAAGUUAAUACCUGUGCGUAUGUGUUCAAAAAUUUCAAAUGGCUGUCUGAAGUCUUGUCAUCAGCUUUUAUUAAUUACAAUUACGGUAAAAUUUAGGCCCUGUCCGCCCGUAUUCGUAGUGUUUUUGCAUCGUUUUCGCCCGUCCAAACGUAUAACAUAAAUCGAUUUGAAAACGAUAACUUACCCGACUGCGCAUGCUUGACGCAUAUGCCUCUUGACACCGGUAGCGAAAGUAACCCAACAAUGUUCUGCCGCCUCCUGGAAUAGUCAGCUUGAUUAAUUAACAAAGCUAAAUUUUCUUGAAAACAACCAACUAGGUUAGAAAUAAGCCCAAGUAAAAAAGACAAGAAAGGGAAGCGCCCGUCUGCCAUCUUGAAUAAGUUCCUAAUAUUGCGCGGAGUGGAUUGGAGCUGAUAGUAUGACCUCAGCGUUUUCGAAAAGUUCCGUUGUCAUUGAUCGUUUUCAUCGGAUACGUCUGGACGGAAGCCGUGUUCCUAAAGAAAAAGUUGCGUUUUCAAAUCAAAACGGAUACUUGUGGACAGGGCCUUACAUGAGAUAUUAUCGUGUUUUACGGUCCACCUUUCUUUCUUGCAGCCCGGAUUUCCAAUUAUUUACUAGCCUAGCUCGUUUUUUAUUAACCAUAUUCGAAUAUCUAGAUUGUAUAAAGAUUCAUUUCGCUGAGGGAUUAUUUGUGUUCCCACAGGGGGCAACAUGGUUAAUGGUUGUUUUGGAGAAAAAAAAUGUUCUGUGUAAUUUUAAGCUUUUUAUACUAUCACUUUUACCAGUAAAUUACCCAGCUACAGUUAUCGUGCUUUGUUUGAACACGUAAGCUAACUCCGGCUAAUAAAGUCCGUGAAGCAGCGCUAAGAUCCUUGUUCUGGACUCCUGACUAACUGAAGAAAUUACCAAAAGUGUGUUUUGAAUUUCCCUUUACCCUGAUUGGCGAAUCGAUAAUUUCAUAUUCAACUUGCCAAUAAUAGUGUGCACUCAAAUCGUGGUACACAGCUAGGUGCUCAAAACAAGGACGUAACAAAAGGUUUUAGUUUCGUUUAUCACACAGGAGUAGCUACAGUCAACUCCUCGGACAGUGCGUUGGUGUCCUUUUAUAGCAACAGUCCGUGAUGGCGCGAUGAUGACUUUGGAAACAUCUGUUAUAUAAAUGGGUAACAUAGAUUUUACAUUUAGGCUGACUGUAGUUCCUCUAGUGCGUUAAGUAUUUUAAUGGAAUGGAUGAACAUUAGGCAGGAGACAAUAUAAGCGGUCGUGAGAGUUGGAGAGGAAGAGGGAGCUUAAAACUCAUUAACACAGGCAAGCAUUAACCUUCCAAUGCUAGUGUUCUCUUUUCCUUCAGUGACAGGGCCUCUGUGAUAGCAAGAAUUGACUGUACUUACUGGGUUAAGUAAACUGCGAGUAAACUUCUUAAAAAUCACUUUACUAGUUGUGCUCCAGACAAUUUGUAUAUGUUGUGGUCCAUUUUUAUCUUUGGUUUAAUUUUUUUUGUUUAAAGCCAUUAUCAUGCAUUACCAUGCCCAAAAACAAAUGGACAUAAAUUGAACCACAACAUAUACAGUUUUUAAAACUGCAUUACGUUCCCCCAUGUGGAAGUUUGUUGCCUUAUGACUUGUGAACAUAAUUUAACACUUUAUGUCUUUUUAUGAAGUAUUUUUAUUUGUUAAUUGGUAGCUGUAGAAAGCUCAAAAUCCUACUUUUUAAGAAUCUACAGGGAUAGUUACAUAAAUAUUAAAACAUUUGAACGUCAUUAAAAUUGUCUUAUAUGAAUACGCCGACUGUUUUAAAACCCUCAGCACAAAUCACCCAACUCUCUCUCAUUUCACUUCAAUAACAUCACAUCACAUCGAUCGCCGUCGACGGUAGAGGCGGUUCUGGUAGUAACCACAGUCGUAAUCUCGUAGGCGUUUACCUCAAACAACAGCUGGAAAUGACAGUCGGUUAUGGAGGCGAGACACGAUGAUGAUGAUGAUAAUCUACAAAUUAAAUACCAUUGGAGAUUUUCAUAGUUAUGUUGAUGACUCUUAACUUUGUUUAUCCUCUAACCUAAGCUGUUCUUGAAAUUAAGAUCAUGAUGUAUCAGGGACGUCAAGCAUUUCAUUUACUCCGACAAACUUAUGCUUAACGACGUCAAAAACGAAUUUCCAGGCAUAGAACCACGGUAUCUAUUAAAAAAUGGCUGCUGUCAGCGCCGUCAGGUUAUCGUGAUGUUUCCAAAGUGAGGAUUGUGCGGAAUUUGGGAGCGUGAUUCGAUGACCAGUUAACUUAAUGACGUACACAUUCCUAAAAAACUACACUAGUCCUUUCUUUUAUUCACUAUUUUGUUAGUAGCUAAAUAGUCUACCAUGAUAGUCUGUUAUACAGUCUGCUUAAGUACCUCAACACCAUUUUAUUAGGAUUGGUUACUUUUCUGAUGCUUUAAGAGAUACAAGAGGUUCUGGUGAUAAAAACGGACAGGGAGGGGGCCAAAGAGAAUCUUGGGCACAAAGUCAAGAUAACUUAAGGUUAUUUUGACUGAAACUGGUCACAACUGUUAUCAAUGAUUAAGAGAAAGUGGGUAAGUACUUUAUGCCAUGAAAGAACUAAGAGUGAACACUGCAAACCCAGUGAGAGUUAAUGCAAUUACAAACCACAAGACCACAUUUAGACUGCUACUUUCGGACCAUAGACCCAAGUCAAAAAUGGCCACUGGAAUUAAUAUUUUUUAGCAUCUCUUCUCCGCGGAGGCCUCUUUGUGUUGUGGGCAGGCUGGGGAGAAAGGAAAAGAGAGCGCUUUCUUUUUUUUUUCGAUUAUUGCUAUUUUUAUCCAGCGGGAACCUCUGAGGAGGAGAGAGGUCUUUAGCUGAAAUGAAAAUUAGUCGCACUAACCUCCCUCGAGAUGACUGGUAUUCCUGUGUCUAGGCUAGUAAGACUGAUUUUAAUAUGAACAAAAAAAAAUAUUAAACGAAUGGCAACUUUUCCAUAUGGUCUAGGAGCUUAGGAUAUCUAAAAAAGCUUUAGUAUUGCUAAUAACAUUUCACAUUCGAACAAGUUGUAUGUAUAAAGGAGAAAAUGUAAAUAUAGGCUACGAAACCGAUCAAACGGUUUGCUGGCUAUUUCGGUUUGUGUAACAUGACUCUUUUUUAUAAUGGUAUCGUCUUCUAAAACUGUGUCAUGAUGCAUCUAGUGUGAUUGGUGCCAACGAAUACGCAGUUUAAUCAAUCAUAUCCAUAUAUUUAUGCUGUUUUCGAGUUUAACUCUAUAAAGCGUACGUUUUGUUUUCCCGCGUAACAUUUUUUCAUGUACUGAAUAUAAACAUUGCAUUGAGUAAUAAAAAAAUCUACUGAGCCGAGCCUUAUUUUGUCCUUUUAAAUUUUAAAACUUGAACUGACAGAGAGUAAACAACCAUAUCCUUCCAUUAUCAUCAUCAUUAUCAUCAUCAUGAUACAAAAAGGGUUGUGAAACACAUCAUUACUUAAAAAGGCCGGUAGGAAUAAAAGUCAUUAGCCAUAAAAAUUCUCGGGUUAUCCGCACUUAUCACACUUUAUUCAGCCUAUCAGCUUCCAGAGGGCGAGAUGAUAAACACAUAUUUAAUGAGACUCAGGGAAGUAAAUAAAAGGGUCUGAGACGAGGCUGACUGUUGAGUAAUAGCUCGAAGGAAUUCAGCUACUUAACCUGCGGGGAAGGUCUGAACAGAUUACAUCAUAAAAAUUCUUUUCUCUUGCAAGGUAAGGUGACUGAAAACCGCCCUUAAAACCCCUUUUGUUGAUAUAAGUAAAAGAAAAACUCCAAAAAUGUAAGGAAUACGAAAUUGGCGAUAUUUAGGUGUUAGAGACUGAUAUGAGUGCUGAAUUAACAGAAAACAAACAAUAGCCGUGCAGUGAAAGAGUAAAAGAGAAUUCUUCUGCACAGUAACCGUCCCUAAUUUGGAAACGUUCUUUGCAGAGAAUACAAAGGGGCAAAAGCAGAAAGUUCAAUUUCCAUAGAAAGAAUCGUUUGGUCAGGCAAUAAACUUACUGAGGAAAAUACUGGGCGAAGUAUCGCUAUUGUUAAAGACAGGGAGUUAGAACAAAAAAUGGAAUUAGUAACAAAUACUGUAAAAUGCAAAGAACUAAAUCCGUCUGGAGUGUCCGAGUUCAAGGUGAUUAGAUGGAAGAGCCCAAUUAUGCCAACAAAUAGCAGCAACACUCAGGUCUGGAAUAAAUGUUAACCGCUUCCGGCCUUGAGAAAGGCCUUGAGAACUUAAUUGAGAGCGAAUGUAUUUUUUAAUGUCCUAAAACCUCUUUUUUUCUGAGUUAGGGCGGUAUGUUUAAGAACACCAACAGCGAAGGCGUCGUGUCGUGUUUAAGAACGUAAACAACAAACUAAAAUUCCAGGGUUUACACAUUAAAAUGCAACACGCGAUACAUAAAUAUGCACCAGGAAAGGAAUUUGAUUUUUUCCCCUUGCAUACUAAUACUAACCCCCUUCGCACUGAUUAAUUAACGGUUUAUUUGGCCCUCUUUUCCUUUGUUACAAUCAAACCCUCGCUUGUGUUUGAAGACUGUUGAUUUGGAAAUGUCAACGUCAAAUCUUAAAGCCGUUUCUCCAAGCUAUUGAAGGUUCAGGAAAACUGAGGAAGGCAGAUGUAAACAAUUAUAGAAGCAUACGGUUUUCAGUUUCAUUCCUGAUCAGUUUCUUUCAAUAUCUUAUUUUUAGAGGACUGAACACGCACAUACAAGCCUGAAACUAUUAUGGCGGUAAGUUGAAUGUAAUAUGUUCCCUGAUUCUUGAAUCCAGAGUCUUGCUACAAAAAGGUUAAUUUAUAUUCAAGUUGCUUGUCCUUUUCUUCAUUUUUUUACUCUUUCAUUCACGUGUGUUCGGUGAUGAACAGUAUAUUUUAUAUACGCAUAAUACUGAUAUUACUAUAGUAAGAACCCGGGUGGUCUAAGCUGUCAGAAAUUUGCUAUUUUAACAACCAAAAUACUAACAUAAGAGCUGUACCUGAUGCCAAGCAAGAUCAAGAAAGUUCUUUUUUGUGACAUACAGUUAAAUAGACCUUGUCACGGGUUUCGACGCCAUCUUGACGAGUAGGCAAACAUGGGAGAAAUUACAGUGUUUGUAUGAGAAUCUAAAGUCAAAUAAUUUCAACGGCUGUUCUGAAAAAAAAAAUAUGACUUGUAAAUUAAAGCUACAAAACAAAGGAUUGUACUAAAAAAAAUUUGGGGCCUACCUGCGCUUAAAUUUUUCCAGAGGCUUGCUUUAGAUUUUCAAUAUACUUGUCUGUAAUUUUUCGCCGGACUUUCUUAUAGACAAAUGUAUAGAAAAUUUUAAAAAGUAGUUCUAGGUCUCCUAGCGCACGUAACGCCCUCAAUUUGUUUCAGUUGAAUCCUUAGGAGUGAAGCUUUAGUUUACAAGUCAUAUGUUUUUCAGAACAGCCGUUCUACGGAAAUUAUUCGACAUUAGAUUCCCAUACAAACACUGUAAUUUCGCACGCGUUUGCCGACUCGUCAAGAUGACGUCGACAACCGUGACAAGGUCUAUCAUGAUAAACAUUUUAAUCACGGAGUUUGACCUUGAGAUUGGAAAUUUUAUAGCAGUCUUAUAUAAGAAAAUACAAACCGAAUUUAAGAAUUAAUCCUCUUAGGCUGAAUUGCAAAUCACUUCUUGCCUUGUUGAUGAACGCUUGAUUGACAGGCGUUCGAAAGCGGUGAAGAGAAUUCGGGUACACUGUAAACGUUAGGCGGAUGACUAUUUCGAGUUACCGACGUAAAAGAAGGAGUCUUUACCAUUACCUUUUUUUGAAAGGUGAAGACGAAAAUCAAUUGAGGUCGGCUGCGUCUUGACGUAAUAUAUCAAGCAUGAGAUGCAGUGUUUCAUCCCAAGAGGAAAACUGAAUAUACGACGCGCAGUUUGAGGUGUUUCAUUUGGUGAUGAAACACUGUGUCGAAUGCUUGAUAUUACUUCUCAGACAAAAUUAAUGAUUUUAGAGGGAGAAAUUAAGGAUGCAAAACUGAGCAGUUUUUCAUCUGAUUUCCAAACACUCAAUAAACAUUAAUUUGCUUUCAAUUGUAUUUUCUUCGUGAAUUAUUAAUGAAUUUGAGAAGAUAUUUAUCUAACUCCUUCAUUUCAGUUUUUAUUAUGUAGGGCCAAACAUCAUUUUUGUCUUUAUCUUUAUACAUUUAAGCUGGUUGAAGACUUGCUACGAGAAUUCUCUAAGGAAAAUUUUGGUGAUCAAGAUAGAAACUAUUUUCCUAUUGUCCAUGGCCGUACUCAAGACGUAAAGUUGUUUACCCUGAUGACAAAGCAACCUCGGGGGUCUGUCCUGGAACGUCCAUUUAAACACCAUAAGUACACAAUUCUUGCAGGAAUGGAAAAGUUUGUAGUUGAGAACGGCAAAGAAGAAUUUGAAGCCUUGAAGAACAAAUUUGUUAAGAAAGAAGAUCCUGGAAUAAGACUAGAUGAUGAGGAUGGUACAGGAGCUGCAAGGUAAAUUACAUCGCUGUUACAUAACGCCGAAGAAUUUGUAUAGAUAAUAGCAAGAUUUGUAGUGAUAUGUAUAGGAAAAAGCAUGAUUUGCAGUGAGUAUGCAUGCUAGGUAAUAGAAAGAUUUGUAGUGAUAUGUGUACUAGGUAAUAGCAUGAUUUGCGGUGAUAUUUGGCAUAAAUACCACGAGCGAUAUGUCGAAAUUGUUAUGCGUAAUUUCACGAGCCGUUAGGCGAGUGAUAUUUGAGACAAUUUUAAACAUCACGAGUAGUAUUUUUGCCAAAUAUCAUGUACAAAUUAUGCUAUUAUUUGUGCAUACUACCACGUUCAAAGGGUUUAUAAUUUCACAUGUAGGUAUUUCAAAUUAAGCUGAAAUACCACUGCUCUAAGCCAGUCAAAUUGCAGAAAUUUCUGAUGUAGAAGUAUAAUUGGCCUAAAUACAACGAAUGAUGUUUGUUAUACGUGAAAUUUGAGACAAUUUUGAAAUAUCACGAGUGGUAUAUAUAUUGGUAUUGGUGCCAAAUAACACCUACAAAUCAUGCUAUCAUUUGUUUAUACUACUGCUCACAAAAGGUUUUGUAAUUUUUAUGAUCACAUGUAGGUAUUUCGAAUUAAGCUGAAAUACCACUGCUCUAAGCCAAUCAAAUUGCAGAAUUUUCUCAUGUAGUAGUAUGAAUAAAAGUAAUAGCACUAUCUUCCAGUUACAGUUUUAUAUCAAUCAUUUAUAACAAGAAAGGAAAAUGGGACAGAGAGAGAAUCUUAGGGUGUUGGGCAGGAUAUGUGAAUUUUACCAAAGUUAUUUUUAGAGGUUGUAAUUAAACGGAAGUUGAAUUCCUGGGACUUCCGCACAUUGAUAACACUGAAUAAACGUUUGAGGUUCUGGCCGGUAAACCAACAUCCGAUAUGCGAUUGGUUUCAAGCGUUUGUUUGGUCUUUCUUUGUGUGAACACCUUUUUCCCUGUAUGUCCCAUUAUUGUUUUUUUAUUUCAAUAUAACGAUUUUUUAUCAGGUCAACGCCCUCAAUGCCUUUCAAAAUUUCAAAUUGUUAUUAAGUAUAAGAAGCCGACUAGUAAAGGCUAGAUUUUAUAACUCGGUGACAUCUAAAAACAAUGUAACUGCGCUAGUUACUACAGCUAGUAGAUUCGGGAAGGUUCAUUUUUAUUAUUUAUUGCUAUUUUCUUACUUUGAAUUAUGCUUAAUUCUUUAUAAUCAUCAUAAAAAAGAGUUACCUCCAUGUAAACGUGUCAAAAAAUUCCCUGUACUUAGGCAGUUUCAGAAUUGGCGUCUAAAUGCCAUUAUUUUGUGUUUUUGUAAUUCAGAAUGGUAGAAAUGGAAACCCAGGCUGCUGACUGCGUCAAUGCAGGGAUUAGAAUGAAAAAAGAUCUGGGAUUCUUACAUCUAGGGAAAAUUGAUCAGGAGUACAUACAGGACCCGGACUUACGUGAAAUAUUGAAAAAAACAGUCCUGGAUAGUAAUAAAACAGGAGUGUUUGAAGGCCAACAACUGCGUUUGAUAACCUCAGUAAUUUACAGCCAAUGCUUUGCACUUAAAGGCAAAAGAAAGAAAGAGGUAUUUUAACUUCUGAUAACUACAGUAUGUGGUCCUUGGUCCGGCCGGUUUUACUUUGUGAUGUAAUUUUCGGGAAGAAAAUAAGGUUACAAUACAAACGAAACUUUCCCAGUGUUUAUUGAUCUGUUUACCUUAAGCUCGAUUCGAGGUUUUCCUGGUGAUAGCGAAGGCUGGAAAAUCAAGUUAACGCGAACUUAGGUGAAUUUUGUUUUGUUGUUUGUGUCUUUUUUAUGGCGCGUUAAAUUGCUUGGAUAUAUUUUGAAUUCACGUAUAUUCGAUUAAGUGCGUUAAGAAAGUUAAUUUUUGGUGUACACGGCGGGGAGCAAGGGAUGGCGCAGUGGUGAGAGCGCUCGGCUCCCACCAAUGUGGCCCGGGUUCAAAUCCCGCUGUCGACGCCAUAUGUUGGUUGAGGUUGUUGUCGGCUCUCUCCUUUGCUUAGAAAUGUUUUUCUCCAGGUACUCCGGUUUUUUCCUCUCCUCAAAGACCAAGAUUUCCAAAUUCUAAUUCGACCAGGAAUCAGGUAGAUGAAGAACCACUUUUUGGAUGUGCUACUUCCGAAUCAUUAUUUAUUUAUUGAAAAGAAUUGUUCUUUCGACUUACAAAAAAAUUCGGUCGACAGGUUGAAAUUUAAAACCAAAGUUGUCUAUAAUAUUCCUAUAGUAAGUCCUUGAGUCCGGCCACCGGACGAUAACGUUUCGUUUAGUUCUUAGUAAAUUAAGAUUCCACGAACUGAAGUGAGGAUCUUUCAACUUUGAGUCACAUUUUAAGUAAAGCGCUGUCAAUGAGUGGAGUAAAUAAUAAAAACGGCAUGAAGCGUUCAACUUAAAUGUAUUGCUCGAGACUUUCCCAGUAGCACUGCACCUUAUUUAUUAAGUAAUGAUAUAGAAGGCCAUAAAAAGGAAGCUUAUAUCCGUCCGAUCGGUUUCAUUAGGGAGCUUUAGCAAAGUCAAAAAAUUCAAGCGAUGGGUAGUUUUAGAUUUUUAAUUAGCAAAACAUUACUCUGCACGGACUGCACGUUUAUGAUGAUGCACGCUUUUCGGUCGCCGGAUUUCUUUGCCGUUGCUGUACGGCUAAAGAUGAUGUUACACGAGACAGUUCGCAACGACGAUUUUUAGCGCAACACAGCGUUGCAACAUUGUUGCGACAUUGUUUUGAAUAUUUCCAACAUUUUUCCAACAUUGCAACGCUGUGUUGCGCUAAAAAUCGUCUUUGCGUAUCGUCCCGUGUUAGAUCACCCUAAGACAUAAAAUUUCCCAGGCCCGCUUCCACGAAAGAUGAUUAAGUUUAACCCAGGAUCAAGCCAAAUUGUCAGCAUAGGUUUUCUAGUCUAAGAACAUGUAACUCGAACUUACAAAGUACAUUCGCACAGAAGUGAAUAAUUCUUCAUGAGACCAAACUAUAGCUCUUUAAACAGAAAUCUCAUUUGGUUUCGAGUUUAAAAUGAUGCCUACAGAAAAUAUACGGAAUUUAGAUCAGUUGGUGCUUGGAACGCUUCUUUUUGCUUCUUGUUUGCAAGCCGGCUUACAAAGUGGCCAAGUGGCCGGACCAAGGAACUACUGGCCGAACCAGGGGCCUUCAAACGGAGCGGUCAUUUUCUAUGAUGCAGCAUUUUCGGCAAAGCUCAGAAGCUGUCGGUUUGUCACAAGUUAGUAAAAUGUUACGGCAACUUACAAGACAAAUACUCCUCAGUCUUCUAAGAUAAAUAUACUCAUUUAUGUCCUUUUCGUCCGGACAGAGGACCACAUACUUUAUUCUUUUAUGAUUCAAAGUAAUAAAUAAAAGAAUUAAUUGAAUAUUGCUAAGCACCUAUAGCAAGGAAAACCUUGAGAAAAGUUAAUGGUACCCUUUCAUCAAAAACUGCUGAAUCAGAUCUGAAAUGAAAUGUAAGAUUUACUUUUAAGAAACUUGAAGGCUAUUGAAAAAAAAUGUUCAGUUAAUCGUGUUAUAUUCGAAGGUGGAAGUGGACGCAGGAUUCAAAUUUUCGACCUUCUUGGCUCAGUUGAAGGAAACCAUCAGGAGUAUUGACAUUCCUCCAAAUAUAGCAACAAGGAAGAAUACUCGAGGACCAUUCCUGUUCCAGUGUUGCCGUGUUGUCUUUAACAAGGAGACAAACUGCCUGGAAUUCCCCGAGAGAGAGCGAGAGUUUGUUUAUGCACGUGGAUGUAUUAGAAUCCCGAAAUGGGAAGAGGAGGAGAAGGCCGAGUACGAAAACACCGCAGUUAGCUUGGAGGAGGACGAGGAGAGUAAUUUGACUGGUUAGAUCAAAAUAUGAUUCUGGGUUUCUCACGUUCUCUCACAUUCGAAAAAAAAAUGUAGUGAUUACAAUUAUCAUUGAGUGCUUCCAAUGUCUUGCUGGAGGGGAAAAUGGGGAUAUCAGUUUUUCUGGAAGAGAAUUUUAAUAGCUGCAUUAAGCUGAUGUUUAGUCGUUCUUUACAUGAUAUGAAAUAAGAAUAUUAAUAUUAAUAAAGGCGAUAAACUAGCAUGUUUUAGUGAUUAGCCAAGCCUAAAAGCGAAGCUUCCAUUACAUACUUACAAGUACAAGUGCAAGUAGGUCAGAAGAUAAAAUAAUACACUGUCGAAAUGAGGCCAGUUAUUACAAAUAAGAUUUGUGUCCCACUAGUGAAUCCUUUCGAAAUAUUAAGUGUUUUGCCAACAACGGAAAGUCACUCUUUAACAAAUCUACACUCAAUAUUUUGUAUAUCGUAGAUUUUUUGACAACUGACGAUAUUGCGAAACUGGAGGAGAUAAAGGAUUCAGUGUUGAAACCUACCAAGAACAGAGAGAAGCGUAAAGAACGGGUCAAAAAGUACCUGAAGUGGGUAAGAACAAUUACAGCAAAUAAUCAGUCACGUUCAAAUCAAUUUUCUUAAACCUCGAACCAAAUGAUUUUUUGGCGAUUUUUUUUUUUCAAAAUGUUCUUAAGCACGAGUUUCGCCAAUUCUGCUUUCUAUAAACCAUUCCUGGGAAAAAUGUUUCGCGAAAACUUUGUUUACAAUCGCUUGCCGUGGGUACGAGAUGACUUACUUCAUCUGAAAUAAAAAUAUUUUUAAGCAAAAAAAGCAGUUUUAUAAAUAAGUUAUUCAUGCGAAGGAAAGAACGUCUAAUUGCAACAGACUAAAAGACGAAACGCACUUCUUUCGAACACUUCACUAUUCUACCCCUCUCUAGAUUUUCCUCGGUCCUAAGGUUUCUUUGCGCCGUCCCCCCUAACACGCUUUCAACAGGCAUUUGUGGCGAAAUUAUAGUCAACUAUUCCAGCCUCUAAUUUCAGUUCAGGUCUCAGCAGGCAGGUUCGUUAAAACGAUUUAAACUAUUUUGAGCAGGCGGCUUAAGUCUGCAACAGACUGGUAUUCAGUCAGAGUGAGACUAAGUGGAUGCUAUCUAGAACUAGAUAAAAACUGAAACACUGACUGAAACGUUUGUCGGACAUUGCAAAUGCAACUUCUUGGGAAUACAUGGAGGGAGUACCGAGCUUUAGUUGCUGUCUAGGGGAUCGUUAGAUUAGUAUACGCUAUAAGUAGACUAACAACUGGUGUUUUCACUCAUUACUUUUCAGUUUGUUGAGGCGCUGUCGCUGUCAACAAGGCUAGCAGGGGAAAAGAGAGUGUUGUCACUUGACAAGCCCGUCACUGAUGUGGACUAUGAAUUUCUACGAACCAUUUUUGUUCCUGCCAAUAAGAAUAGUUCAACGCUGACUUUCCCGCAAUUCUUCAGUGACGAAAGACUUCAGGGAUAUGCAAUUGUUUUGAACAUUCUCUCUGGUAAGACAUGAAACGUGACACAUAUCAACAGGAGAAACGGGCCACAGGAAAAACUCUCCUGAACUUAUGUCAUUAAAAAAGUAGAAGAUAUUUUUUUCAAACUGCAUCUGAAGAUCGCUUAUCGUUUCCACUGUUGUGAUCAAGGAUAAGUGAAGAAGGAAGAUUUAAGGGAAAAAACUUCGUUAUUAUUUGUUUCACUAAUUAACAUAACUGAUCCGGAUUAUAAAUACGAUGGGAGAUCAGCUAAUCGCAAUUCAGACAAAAGGCUAUGAAAGGCCAUCUUAUAAAGAAUUAAGAAACAAUAUUACGAUCACAUCCAGUUAGCCGCAAUCUGAAGUAAUGGUACAAUGGUCGACGAAAGAGUUUUAUAAGUGAAUUUAUUUUGAUGGUAACUGAGGUAGGAUUUUUAUCUAAGAUUUUAAGGUCCAGGAAUAAUAAAUAAUAAUCAUUUCUUUAGCAAUAAUUUGAAGUUACUGAAUUGCAGAUUAAGUUUUCUUUCUCGAUGCACUCAACAGAUUUGUCGGAGGAAACCUGGGAUGAAAUUGAGAAAGCCUGGGCCGAGCAGGAAGAGCCUUCGGAGUAAAACAAAAGAAGUAGCUGAUUGUUUUCAGGAGCAAUUUGAGUUUGCAUCACACGAGUCAAUGUUGUAGUUGCGAGAUGUGACAAAUAUUUGAAAUAGUCCUUUAACUGGAAGUAAUAUGAUACCCCGGUCAUAAUCACGUGGUUUCCAAUCAUUGCCCCGUUAAAGGGAUUGUUUCAGUUGUAUCGUGAAUUUUGGUAAAACAUUUAAUUAAAGCGAAAGCUAUCACAGAUGAAAACGCUCUAUCCUUGGAGCAUCAGUGGUGACGUUUUUAAUUUCAAAGUAUCAUGAUCAGUACUCCUACAGAGACUCAAAAUUUUCACAGGUUAGUACUUGUAAUCAAAUGGUGACGAGUGAAAUUAGGGAAUAAUUUCUCGCGUGUUUUGUCCAAAUCCUAAUAAUUUCCAGAGCCUUUUGAUUACCAAUUGAUAUUAUGGAUGACGAAUUGCACUCACAGUCGUUGGUUUUGGAUAAAUUUAUCGCAUUGAUUAUCGAUUGUGAACUCCGCGCACUGAAAACUUUAGAUCUUAAAUUGUUGCCUUUAGUUCAGAAUUGAUGUGCUUUUCGUGUGUCUAGGUUUUCUAAAGCGUCUUUUAGUGCCCGUGACAUCUUCAUUCAUAACAUUUCAAAACUUCGUCGCCAUCUUUUCACUGAGACAUACGCAAGGCUUCCAUUUCACAUGUGAAAGUACAAAUUAAUGCUGAAAUUUCGCGC